AAAACCGUGACAAAGAGAAGAUAAAAAGAGUUAGAAGCCCACACGGUCGUCUCAGAAACCAGAGUUAAUUUCGCAACACACGUAAUUUGCUAAGGUCUAAGCGAACUAUCAAACCAAAAAUUAGGAUUCUGGGUCUGAUCAAGAGCCUAAUAGACUCUCGAAAGUGUCUCUCUUUUCUCUUCUCACCUCCCAAAAACUCUUCCUUUAGGAUAAGCUCCACCGAUCUGUUGUGUGUUUCUCUGUAAUUUUGUUUCGUAUUUUUCCUUAUGGAUUUCAAUGAUCCGAUGCUUGCCCUGAGUUCCUGGAUUGGUCAAAUUGGUGAUUUUGGACUUGGUUUGCUAUGGCGUUUCAUACACAUUGUUGUGACCUUGUGUCACAUUGUCUCUGGCAUCUUUGAGGCGGUUGAAAGCUAUGCGAUCUCGUUAGGAUUGAUUCAGAAGUAUAGUUCAAUUGAUAUCGAGAAGCUCAAGUGUCUAGCUGUUGUAGUGGACAUCGAAGCAGCUCGUGAUGUUUCCAAGGUUGUUGAGCUUUUGCAAUGGCUAACGACCAUUGGGGUGAAACAAGUUGGUCUUUUUGACUCUCAAGGUUUAUUGAAGAAAUCCAAGGAUAUGAUCCUUGAAAUGGUGCCACGUUCAGUGUUGUUACAGGAGACUGGUGAAAAGGAUACUUCGGGCAUCGCUUUAGAAUUCAUUUCGUCGUCUGACAAUAAAGAAGCUGUUGUGAAAGCAGCCAACAUACUAUUCCAGAAGUACUUGAAAUCCAGGCAUCCUGGGAAGGAUGAAGGGGAAAACGUUUUUACAGAGACUCAUCUGAACGAAGCAUUAAGAGUUGUUGGUGAGAGUGUACACGUUCCUGAUCUGUUACUAGUUUAUGGACCUGUAAGGAGCCACCUCGGUUUCCCUGCUUGGAGACUUCGAUACACCGAGAUCGUACAUAUGGGAUCGUUGAAGUAUAUGAGAUACGGUUCCCUUUUGAAGGCAAUCCACAAAUUCACAGGCGUGCGCCAAAACUAUGGGGUUUGAUGGUGAUUACAGAGAGCAGGGAUUCCAAUAGAAAUUUUUGAAUGUGAUUCACAUAUUUGUCGUUCAAAGGAGACUUUGUUGGAGAGCUGUUAAUUCAGUGCAGGCUGUGCAGCCACCAUUGUUGUCAAUUAGUUCACAUCUUGUUCUGACAGUUCCAUCUUAUACAGAUUCACAACUUAAAAGCUACAUAUGCCUUCGCAUUGUA